CUGCACCCUUCGCUUUGCUGCUGCUCCGUCCGAGCCCAAUGACAUGUGGCAAUCCUCCGGUCCUUGAUAACUAGCAUCUAUCGAGUAUCCGCAUUCCCCCCCCUCCCCCCUUCCACUCCCUUCAUUCCUAUCUUCUCCCUUCAUCGCCUUCUCUCUUCUUCCCCUGUUCAUCCUUUCCAUCAUUGGCUUCCCAAGCCAUGCGCAUCGCUCACCACUCCCUCUAACCCAUCACCAUGCCGCUCAACACCUUCGCCCUGAGCGUCGCCCUCACUCCGGCUGUCCUGCAGACCCUCAUCUCUCAUUACAUCCACCGCAAAUCCCUCCGCCACAAACCCAACAUCCACGUCACUUACGAUGAAGCCAUCCGCAUCCUGCGCGAGUUCCUCGCCUACGCCUCCAAACACCCCGUCGAGGACCUGCAGUCCUUCUCGUGCCAGCGCGUCCCCGCUCCGCACUGGGUCAAGCUUGAGACCGUCUCCGUCGCCGACGAGCACCUCGCCGCCGCUGCCGUCGCCAUCAACAAGCAAUUGGGGCCCCGGGGUGUCGCGCGCGUCGGCGGCAGCGAGUGGUGGCAGUGGCGCGGACCGGCCGAUGACCUUCGCGGCGAGUGGAUCGAAAUGAAGGAGGAUUAUAAUGAGCGCAAGCAGACCAGUCCCGGUCAUCCGAGCCAGAAGCGCAUCAUGCUGUAUAUACAUGGCGGCGCGUAUUAUUUUGCUAGUGUCGACACACAUCGGUAUCAGAUGCAGAGGCAUGCGAGGAAGUUGAAGGGAAGAGUCUUUGCUCGUGAGUUACUUUUUCUCUUGAUCAAUUGGAUGGAUCAGAUGGAUUCGAAAUAUCGACUGGCGCCGCAGUUUCCGUUCCCGUGCAGUCUGCAGGACUCGCUCGCGGCAUAUCUGUAUCUGUUGAAGGAGCAUGACCCGAAGGAGAUUAUCGUCGCGGGAGAUUCGGCGGGCGGAGGAAUGGUGCUUUCCAUGCUGGUUAUUCUCCGCGAUCAGGGCAUCCCGCUGCCUGCGGGUGCGAUCUUGAUCUCACCCUGGGUGGACCUCACGCAUUCGUUCCCUAGCAUUGUGGCGGACAACCCGGGCGACUAUAUCCCACCCUAUGGAUUCAGACACAAGCCGUCCGAUGCGUGGCCCCCUCCUAACGCGGACGAGCUGCUGGAGCUCCGGAAAGGCCUGGACAAGCACCCAGCCAGCCAAGGCGAGGCACUCAAAGCCAUCCCGAACAACACCGAGGCCAAAGACACCGCCGCAAGGGGGUACACGGCGCAUCCGAACGACCCCGCCAGCCCAAUCUCCCCGACUGAUAUCGAGCCCCAGGUCAUCGAGGUGACAAUAGGCGGCGAGACAGUGGAGGUUAAAGAUCAAAUCCACAUGUACACGACCAACGAGCUAUUGGCGCAUCCCCUGGUCUCGCCCAUCUUCCAGCCAUCACUGGGCGGAUUGCCCCCGAUGCUGAUCCAGAGCGGCGGCGGCGAGAUGCUGCGCGACGAGCAGUUCUACGUUGCCCACAAAGCGGCCAAUCCGACGGAAUACCCGCCCAGCGACACCUUCCUCGACGAGCACGACCCGGAGCGCAAGAUCCUGCACAAAUACCCUGGCACCCACGUCCAACUACAGGUGUGGGACGACCUGUGCCACGUUGCGCCGACGCUCAGCUUCACGCGCCCAGCUAAAUACAUGUUCCGGGCGAUCGCGCAGUUCGGGGCGUGGGCCCUAGCACGCGCACAGGAGGCAGAGGUAGAGAUCGUGGACGAGACCACCGGCUCGUCCAGCGACUCCGACAGCCCGACAGCCCCCGUCGAGAGCAAGGACACCGCCGUGGCAUCGAUCGGUCGAGCCGGCGAUCCGCUCCCGGCAUUCAAAGACCGGAUGAUCCGCCAGCGCGUCGACAAGCGCGGCAACAUCUACCCCCUCGACCCGGUAUCCUCGUGCGCAGUGCUUCAGAUUCCCAGCUCCCAAGUCGGCACCUUCAACCCCGACCUGGUGCGCAAGUGGCUAGCCGCGAAGAAGGAAUGGGACGACAAGUUCGCUAAAGACAAGCUGCGGGUCCAGCGCCAGCGGAUCAAGGAACUGGCCUACGGCCUACAAGCCUUCAAGGGCGAACUCCCUCCCCCGAGCUCCCUCGCAGCCCGCCGCACCGCCCCGGGCGUCCUCCCCUCCAAGACCGCCCGAAAGAGCUACCCGAUGACAAUGUGGAGCCGCCUCGCCAGCAAACAAGACGAACACAUCAUCGCGAAGGAGCAGCAAAAGGGCAAACGCUCGCGGCGAACAAGCGUCGAAGCCGGCCGCGCCGGCGCCUCAAUCGACGCCCAGAAAGGCGUAUACUCGACCCCUGUCUCCGCCCUCGCGCAGAAGACCAACGGAACCACAAACACCGACAGCCUCGCCUCCAAAUCCACAGACAUCAUCACCAACGACCCCAACGCCUCUGCCUCCGCCACCCACCUCCCUUCCCUCGGCAAAUCCACCAGCCGCCUCCUCCUCCCCGAAUACGAAGGCAAGAAACUCCUCGACGAGAACGCCAGCACGCGCACGCUGUUCCGCGAGGCCGGCGCCAUCCCGAACACUUCCGAUCCGACGUGGGCCCGUCUGCGGCCGCGCUCGUAUGCCGGGUCCGGGACCAUCCGGAGCGGGUUUACCUCCGAGCCCGCGGAGGAUAAUAGUACUCUUGGGGAUGAGAGGAGUCUGGCGGUGACGGGUACGGGUGUCGAUGCAGCGAGCACCCGAGCGUUGUUUCAUGCGGGGGGCGUGGUGGGCGCGUUGAGUGAUAAUGAUUCGGCGUAUAGGUCGGUGGACGCGUUAUCGAGCUAUGUGGGGGAGGGAGAUGAUGUUGAUGGGGAGGAGGGAGAGGGAGAGGGAGAGGGAGAGGGAGAGGGAGAGGGAGAGGGGCCGUCCGUUCGUCAUGAUGCCAAGGCGAAGGUAGAGAGGCCCGAGAUGCCGGAUCGGGAGGUGUUCAAGACGGCGGAGGAGUAUGGGAAGUAUUAGGUCGGGUGUUGAGCUGACUGUAUAGUCUGGUUGGUCAUAUUGGUGGCAUUUUGGGUAUAUUGGCUGUCUGGUUAUAUUGUGGACUGUCCUGUUAUAUUGACCCUUGUUUGGGGCCCAUAUCGAGUGGACACUCACUAGGCUGGUUAUAUGGAGUGGCGGCUGUGGAUUUAUCCUGG